AUGGAGCGCUGCAAUGCUCGGAACCUCAUUCUCUCGGCGGCACGUGAGCCCAGACAUCAUCGGGUGCAAGAAGGCCUCGUCGUAGAGGCCCUCACACACCGGUACAAGCACCCAGACCCAUCAGGCACCCGGGUGCUGGCGAGGUGGCCGGUGGCCGCCCAGGUGCAGCGGCAUGCAUGGGACAUGUUCCCCGACAAGCUGGUCGACCUGGGAGGCAGGCCACUGACCGUCGCGGCCAUAGACUACCUGCCCUACUCCGUCAUGGAGUUCUCCGGCCAGCAGGGAGUGGACGAUGGCACGGAGUUCCGCCUGCUGAGGGAGUUGGCGCGCAAGCUCAACUGCACAUGGAGGAAGGAGUUGGACCCAGACAACUUGUGGGGAGAGGUGGAAGAAGAUGGCACAGGCAACGGCAUUGCCGGGCUGGUGUCGGAGGACAGAGCGGAGAUCGGCUUCAGCGCCAUGUACCUGUGGCACAGCGUGUACCGCUUCGUGGACUUCACGUACCCGCACGCGGUGACGGGCGUGACGUGCCUCGUGCCACGGCCGCGGCUGCUGCCCGCCUGGAGGGUGCCCGUGCUGCCGCUCAGCGGCCAGUCGUGGGCGGGAGUCGUCGCAUCGCUCGCCGUCACCGCAGUCGCGCUCCACGGCGUGGCCAAGGCCACAGACGAGUGCUUGGGAAUUGCAACACCCGGACGUUUCAACACAUUCACCGACUGUGCUCUGCGCACAGUGGGGCUGCUUGUAUUACAGAUUCCAAGAGAAGAUUUUCGGAAUUUUCCAAUAAGACAUUUGACACUCUGGCUGGGAUUCAUGUACCUGCUCAUCUCAUCAUCUUACAAUGCUGGACUCUCAUCCGUGCUGACAUUACCAAGGUACGCGCCGCCAGUAGACACGGUCCCGGACCUGGCCCGAAGCGGCACCCUGUGGGUCGCCAACCACGAGGCUUGGGUCACGUCCAUCGUCGACGCUGAGGACCCGGACCUCCAGACCGUGGCCGGGAACUUCAGAGUUUUCAACGACAGCAUCCUCGAGCAGAAGUCAGAUGAAAGCCAGGUGGCAUUUUCCAUAGAGAGGUUGUACGGAGGCAACUUCGCGGUGGGCGACUACAUCCGGCCGGCGGCGGUGGGCCGCUACCGCCUCAUGGGGCAGGACCUGUACCGCACGUACUGCACCACGGUGGUGCGCAAGGGGUCCCCGUACGCCCGGCGCUGGAACCGGCUGGUGCUGGCGGUGCUGGGGGCCGGGCUGUGGCGCCACUGGGAGGGCGAGGUGGCGCGUCGCUUCAUGUCCCACCAGGUGCAGCUGGCAGUGGCCACGAGCGCCCGCCGGGCCAGCGAGGGUCCCAGGAGGCUGCGGCCGGAGCACGUGGGCGGGGCUCUCUUGUUCCUGGCCCUGGGGCUGGCCCUCUCUUCCUUGUGUCUCCUGCUGGAGCUGCUGUACCACUGUGUCCCGCCCUUACUGGCCCGAGGCUCCAAGAGUCCGCCCCGCUCAGCAAUACACAUCAAGUCUAGUCACAUAUCCCACUUAGGUGGCAGCAGGAAAAACAGACGUUGA